AUGACCACUCAGUUUCUCACAACGAUAGGCGAAAAUCCUAUCAGUAUCUUUGAUGGCUCAAAGUCAUUUUCAAAUUCCUCUUUGGAACUGGUGAAGUCUUAUGUAGAUGUGGUUAUUCAAAAUCAAAAAGAUGACAAUGACCACAAGAGAGUGCUCGAUGAAAUCACGAUCGAUGGUUUAGAUGCGAACCAAGUUUGGCAACAGGUUAGGCUGGUAAUGGAAAGUAGUGGUUCCCAGCUGUUGGCGAAAAUUGGGGAUAUAAGGGAAUUCACAGAUGAUGCUAUCGGCAGCGACAGCGAAGCGUCAGAAAGUGAAGACGAUUCGCAAAAUGAGGAUGACGAGUCGGCACCGGCAUUAGAAUCUGUCAAUAGUGAAAAUGAAAGUGAUGAUAGUAGUGAAGUACAACACGAGGAAGAAGGAGAAAACGAGAGUGAAAGUGAAAGUCACGUCGACAAGGCCAACGACGAAGAAAGCGAUGAUAUGGAACAUGAGUCUUUGAAAGAGCAAGACGCUGGGUUUAGUGGUGAAUCACAAGGUACUAGCUCUGUAACCAACGCGGGAAGCUCGUCAAAGAAACCAAAUGAUUACGGCUUGAACGACGAGUUUUUUGAUCUCGAAGAAUUCAACAAGCAAACGCUCAAGGCGGAAAAUGGCGAGGAAAACGCCGAAGAAGAUUUUGAUUUCUUUGCAGAAGUUGCAUCGGAUGAAGACGAAGAAGCAGACUACUAUGAUGACUUUUUCGAUAAGCCUAAGUCUGCAAGUUGCAAUGAGUUGAACCAAACAGUGGAAGAGGAUCGAACUGGCUUGGGAGGUUUGGAAAACGAUGGUGAAGAUGAACUGUACCGCGCCAUGGAGUCGGCUAAAUUGGAUCUUUUUGCAAAUGACGACGACCAGGAAGAUUCCGGUGACGAACAUAGUGAUAAAGAAGAACUGACCACGUUCCAGCGUCAACAACUUGAAAUUCAGCGACAGAUUGCGCAACUCGAGAAAGAGGCCGUCGCAGAGAAAAAGUGGGCUCUUAAGGGUGAAGUGAAAGCUAAGGACAGACCUGAUGACGCUCUAUUGACUGAAGACAUCGACUUUGAGAGAACAUCGAAGCCGGUUCCGGUUAUAACUGCUGAAAUUACAGAGUCUUUGGAAGAUUUAAUUCGUAGAAGAGUUCUGCACUACGAGUUUGAUGAUCUGGCGAGAAGAGUAAUCUCUAGCACGAACUUUUCUGGUCCAAAGCGCCAAUUUGACCUAAGUGACUCGAAGUCUACAAAAUCACUAGCAGAGCUGUACGAGGACGACUACAAUGGAACUUCGCAGGGCUCAGAAGUCUCAGAAGAGCUCAAAAAGACACAUGACGAGAUUUCGGAACGUUUCAACGACCUCAUGUAUAAACUAGAUGCUCUCUCAUCAGCUCAUUUUGUUCCAAAACCAGCUCAGAAGCAAUUAGAGGUUAAGGUCCAAAACGCCGCCCUCAAUAUGGAAGAUGCACAGCCAUUGACAAUGUCGACAGCCUCCACACUGGCGCCACAAGAAGUGUACGCUCCUGGCGCUGUACGCGGUGCUAAUGAGGUGUCCUUGAAGAACGGUACGGUUAUGUCCAGAGACGAACUUUCCAGAGAGGACAAAAACAGAUUAAGACGGGCAUUGAAGAGAAAGAGGUCCAAGCAAUCACAAUCUAAGUCAGAGGAUUCUAGGAAAAAGAGCAAGCGCGACGAUGUUAUUGAAUCGUUAUCCCAAGCCAGAAAUGUGACAAUCAUUGGCAAAAAGGGAGAAAAAACGGACGUUAGAGGUAAUGCGAAGAAGGCAACGGCAUCGGAGACUAAAAACUUCAAAUUAUAG